ACAGCACAAUCUUUAAUAUCGAUACUUGCGAUAGUGCAACUAGAAGAAAUAACGAAAAUAAAUAAAGCAGCCGCAACAUGUCAAUAAUAUUGAGACGAAACCUGCGAGCCUCUUGGAUGCUAAAGGCCUGCUACAGCUCCAACGCGCAAUCGGGGGACUCCGCCAAAACAAUACCCAAAAACCUGCUCGAGGACAAGCAAACGGCCGUACUGCAAAAGGAGAACGGAGCCAUCUUCGACAAGCGGCCCUUCAAGCUACACCUGGAUAAAGAUAAAACCUACAGCUGGUGCCUGUGCGGCAAGUCCAAGUCUCAGCCCCUGUGCGAUGGUAUGCACAAAAACGAGUUUCUCAAGAUCAAGCAGAGGCCCAUCCGCUUCAAGGUGGAGAAAUCAGGGGACUACUGGCUGUGCAACUGCAAACAGACCACCCACAGACCCUUCUGCGACGGCACCCACAAGCAACCGCACAUCCAGGCAGCCGUUAAAUAGUUUUAGCUUCUAGCUUCUAGCUCCUAGCUUUCGUCGAUGUAAUCGUGUGGGGAAAAUGAGAAAUGCAUUAAUUUUGAAUUCAA